AUGCACUACACACCCCGUGAGGUAGAGAAACUUCUCUUUUCUCAGGCGGGUCGUCUCGCACAAAGGCGCCUGGCCCAUGGAAAGAAGCUGAACCACCUUGAGUCUAGUGCACUCAUUGCCACGGUUCUGCAAGAGAUCAUCCAUAACGAAGAUUACUCUGUCGCUGAUCUCAUGAAACUCGGCAAAGGGAUCCUGGGACGACGACAUGUUCAUCCAUCUGUCGUGGGUACGCUCAAGCAGAUGCAGGUCGAAGGCACUUUUGAGACAGGAACUCAUCUGAUCACCAUCCACAACCCAAUCAGCACUGAUGACGGUGACUUGAAGAUGGCUUUGUAUGGAAGCUUCCUCCCAGUCCCUACUGGAGACUUGUUCCCCACUGUCAACGAGGCGGACUUUCAUCCUUUAGCGAUGCCGGGUGCUAUUCGGCCAGCGGAGACUGGAGAUAUCGUUCUUAAUGCUGGUCGUGACCGAGUGAGGCUCACCGUCACGAACAAAGGGACUCGGGCCGUUCAUAUCGGAUCUCACUUUCACUUCAUGGAGACAAACCCCGAUCUCGACUUCGACCGCGAAAAGGCCUACGGCUAUCACCUCAAUCUCCCAGCCGGAGAGUUUCUGCGCUUCGAACCCAAUGAGCCGAAAUCCGUCGCUCUGGUUCAAAUUGGAGGCUCAAAGGUCAUCCAAGGUGGGAGUGGUUUUGCCAAAGGUCCGGUCAACCGCGACAGCGUCCAGAAGAUCUUGCAGCAACUGCAACAGGCGGGUUAUCGACACACACCUGAACCGUUGGAGGAACAAGAGGCUAUUCAGCCGUGCUCAAUUAGUAGGGAGAAGUAUGCCUCUGCUUAUGGCCCCACGACAGGCGAUCUGAUUCGUCUUGGGUCUACGGACCUUUGGGUGAAGGUCGAGAAGGAUUAUACGUUUUAUGGCGACGAGUGCACGUUGGGUUGCGGUAAGACCAUUCGUGAUGGCAUGGGAGCAGCAAGCGGCUGCACUGAUGCCGAUUGUCUGGACUUGGCUAUCAUCAACGCUGUCAUCAUUGAUUGGACUGGCAUAUUCAAAGCCGACAUUGGUGUCAAGGACGGUGCCAUUGUCGGCAUUGGAAAAGCUGGUAACCCAGCUACUAUGGAUGGUGUUUCUGAUAACAUGGUGAUUGGGUCGAACACGGACAUAAUUGACGCUGGAGGUAAGAUUGUUACCGCUGGUGGAAUCGAUACACAUGUCCACAAUAUUUGUCCCCAGCAGGCGUUCGAGGCGAUCUCAUCCGGCGUGACGACUCUCUUUGGAGGCGGUACAGGCCCAAGUACCUCAUCUACAGCUGUCAAUGGCACCGCGAGCAAGAAGUACAUCCGACAAAUGAUGCAAGCAUGCGAUCAACUGCCCCUCAACUUUGGCCUCGUCGGAAAGGGCAGCGACUCUGAGAAGAUCGGUCUUCUCGAUCAGAUUAAGGCUGGUGUGAUCGCACUGAAGCUGCAUGAGGACUUUGGCUGUACUCCCUCAACAAUCGACAACUGUCUGAAUGUCUGCGAAGAACAAGACAUCCAAUGCCAUAUCCACACCGACGGCCUCAAUGAAGCAGGUUUCCUCGAACAUACAGCAGCAAUCUUCAAAGGGCGCAGUAUCCACGUCUACCAUGUCGAGGGUGCAGGUGGCGGUCAUGCGCCCGACGUGAUCAAGCUUGUCGCAUAUCCUAACGUGCUCCCUAGCAGCACGACUCCCACGAUGCCUUUCACUACGAACACGAUUGACGAGCAUAUCGACAUGGCCGCCAAUUGCCACCGCCUGUCGAAGGAUAAUCCUGAUGAUGCCUCAUUUCUUAAGAACCGUAUCCGAGAGGAGACCAUCUCGGCUGAGGAUAUUCUCCAUGACAUUGGAGCGAUUAGCAUUAUGUCAUCAGACUCUCAAGCAAUGGGCAGAUCGGCCGAGGUCCUCACAUGCACUUGGAAGGCAGCGCAUAAGAACAAAGUUCAGAGAGGACCACUGGCUGAGGACAAGGAUACUGGUGCGGAUAACUUCCGCGUCAAGCGAUACGUCAGCAAGUACACAAUCAAUCCUGCGUUGACACAAGGAAUCAACCAUGCAGUUGGUAGUGUUGAGGCUGGGAAAUUGGCGGACUUGGUGAUUUGGGACCCUGCGGAGUUUGGAACGAAGCCAUUCCAGGUUUUGAAGAAGGGAUUUAUUACGUAUGCACAAAUGGGUGAUCCCAACGGAGCUGUCGCAGAUGUUGAGCCUUUGAUCGGCCGACCCAUGUAUGGGGCCCUACAUCCCGAGUCGAGCGUCAUGUUUGUCUCUCAAGCAAGCGUUUCGCAAGGCGGAGACGUUCACUCGUACAAUCUCAAAAAGCAGAUUGAGGUCGUGAAGAACUGCCGAACGGUAAAGAAGAGCGACCUCAAGUACAACAGUGCUACACCGAAGGUUGAGGUCGAUCCUGAGACCUUGGUGGUCACUUGCGAUGGAAUGGAACUCAAGUCCCAACCGGCGAGCUCUCUUCCUCUGACGAGACAAUCAUUCUUCUUCUGGCUUGAGGUUAGUCGUGCUACAGAUAUCAAAAUGGAUAACAGCGAGGCAGACGAUAGCGGUGCUGUUACACGCAUCUAUCGACUCCAUAAUAGACGUCGGCCUUGUGACCAAUGUCGUGCCCGCAAAGUUCGGUGUCAAACCAAUGAUGGCAAGCCGCCGUGCGGUCGAUGCGCGCAAACGGACACUCCAUGUACUUUCGAGGGGCGAUCAAGACGCACGACUCGGCAGAAUAGGACCAGAUCUGUCUCUAGUAGUGCUCAUUCACCGGCUGUCAAUCAUGCCUCCCAUGAUGAUACAUUGGGUCUUGACAACUCUUUCGGGAUAGAACAAGUUUCUGCCGAACAGCGCUCGGCUUCUCAUAGACCGACAAUCUUCACAGCCACUCCUCCAGUAUUCUCUCACGAGAGCGAGGUCCCGUAUCAUCAAGCACCAACACUUGGUAGUGUCACCACUGCAACUGCGUUGCAGUUCUCAAAGUCACUGGAUGACAUACAGGGACAGACAUCAAUCCUUCUGGGAGCCUCCUCCGAGUCCGAUCCCUGGCUACUACGCCACUGCCAGUUCGAUGAAUAUGGAAUGAGAAGCUUCUAUGGUCUGCAGUUCCGAAACAUUGGUGGAGUUCCAAACCGCCAGAGGAUUCCUGUGCACUUUAUCGUGACCCCGAAGUUGACGAAUGAGACGACUGUCGAUAAAAUCAUAUCUUUGAGAUCCAGGUUGAAUGGGCUCAUUCCAGUAUCAUGGGGCAUUAGGCUCGUCAAGUUCCAGGAAUUACUCAGUAGCCCACUUACUGGGCCGGAUACCCUUGAACAUGUUCCUUGCCAUUUGCUCGGCGCUAUUUAUGGCCUUGCGUUACCUUUUGCCCGGAACGAUGAGCAUCUCUCCAUUGUAGAGAUGCACAACCAGUUACCCAGCGCAGACGUCUGGCACAUUGUACACGAAAGCCUACAAGAAGAGCUUCGUAACCCAGAUCUCAGUGUUUUGCAAGCAGGUCUCAUGUACCUCCAUACAACUCUGAAUCACACAUUCACCACUGCGCCAGAUGCGUUCAAAUGGACCUGGCUAGGCACUCUGGUAGGAAUAGCCCAGAAUCUGGGUUUACACCUUGAGACUCGUAUGUGCGCCGUCCCUGCCGAAGAAAAGCAGCUGCGUGCCCGCUUGUGGUGGGCUUUAUAUACUGAGGACAGGUGGUUAUCAUUACUCAUGGGUCGUCCUCCCUACAUUUCUGAAGAUGAGUGGGACGUUGGCGAACUUGACGAAAAUGAUUUCACCAUUCCUAUAAGUAUUCCAUGUACGGAUACUGCGCAUGCUGAGUUGACGAGGCCUUUUCGGGAUAUGGCUCGUCUGUCGGUGAUUGCGCACUCGGUGCAGUCUUCCUUCUAUUCAUUGAAGGCUUCGCAGAAGCUUUCUGAGAAUCUAUCACUUUCUAUCCAGACAGCACAGCCCAUAUUCGAGCAACUGAGCUUAUGGCGUGCUUCGGUGCUAGCCCCAGAGUCACCGACAAUAACAAGUAACAAUGGCAUGCUCAAUGACAAGGCAUCAUAUCCGGCAGCAAUACUCGUCGCACACGCAACCUUGGUCACCUAUGUAUGGAGAGCGCUUCUACGACCCAUCGUGCCAUCGGCUGUACCGCCACUUAUUGUCGAUGAUCAACAGCUUGCUGAGGCGUCGCUUUUUAUGGAGCUUCAGCCGCAUGAUAUAGAGAACCUCUGCUGGGAUCUACCAGAUCUCUCGCAUCUCGAGUUACCACUGAGGAGCUCUAUCGAUGGCACUGGAUCACAUGAUGCAGUCAUUCAGAAUCUCCACCAGUCUUCCUUGGCAUGGGCUACGAGCCUGUCAAGUCUUGUCAAAAACCUAUCACCCGCUCGUUUCCACGAGUCUUGGUAUUCUUGUAAGUAA